CCUAGGUACCGGUCCACUCUACAGAUUCAGGAGAAGUGACGAGGACAGACAAAUAAUAAACAGCAAAAAAUGUACCGGAUGCUGACAGGAUAUACGAAUGGCUGCGAAGGCAGCGCAUGCUGGAAUACACCAACAACUUCUCUAAGGCUGGAUACGACAUGCCCACCAUUGCCAGGAUGACACCCGAGGAUCUGACGGCCAUUGGAGUUACUAAGCCUGGUCAUCGGAAGAGAAUAUCGGCCAUGAUUAGCCAACUCAACGAACCUGACGGGAUACCAAACUACAAACCGCCUGACGUGGUGAUGUGGCUGAAGUUACUAGACUUGUACCAGUACUACAACACCUUUUUGAGUAACAGCUAUGGCACGAUGGACGCAGUGUCCAAGAUCACGUGGGAAGACCUCCAGGAGAUGGGCAUCAACCAAUUAGGUGAGACAGUGGUGCUGUUUUCAACUAUCAGGUUUUUUAUUGUUGCUAAUUUUAGGUAGGGAUGCCAUGCACAA